UGGCGCAAAAUCUAAAAAUGUCAAAUUUUAUCAAACUAUCUGUUUUUUAUCAGAUUACCGUGUUUGUAAACCUUAAAACAUAAGUAACGCCGUUUAUUUGUUAAACGGAAGAUAUAACCCAUGAAUGAUGUCUUUGUUGGCUAAACGUGUAAGCUCCUGGUUGAAGAAUCAUUGUGGCGUGACAGUUCCAGAAGACUGGCUAGAGGCCUGUAUAAACUGGAUCCAUGAAGAAAAUGGAGGCAAUUUAUCUGAACAAGCUGUCCAGGAUAUGGUUUUUGAACAAUGGCUGGUCAGUGAUUUAGCAGAGAUAGGAGCAAACUGUUUACCUCCCUGUCUAGCUCAGGCAGACAAACUAAUGCUGGAAGGAACAUUCUCCCUUCAGAUGAACUCUGUGCUCGAUGUGAGUGUCCCUGUGUAUACCCAACUGCAGAAGUUAAAAGGAACAGAAAAUGCCAACACUUUGGUCUCAGCCACCCAGCCUACUCAGCCUCCGUGGGAGGCGAAACCAUCAAGGAUGUUGAUGCUUCAGUUAACAGAUGGAGAACAGGAAGUCCAGGGUAUGGAAUAUAAGCCAAUUAGAGACCUCAACACAAACUUAACACCAGGAUGUAAGAUGGUGGUAAAAGGACCUGUUUUGUGUAGGAAAGGUGUAAUGAUGCUAACUGCCAACAAUCUACGAGUAUUAGGGGGAGAAUCAGAUGCCCAGAUUGAGGAGAAUACUCAGGAGAAAGUACUCGCCAGAAAGAUAAAUGUAGAUUUGGCUCACAGUACCCAGUUUAACAUGAAUAACAACAGAGUUCAGCACCAACAAAAUAAUAAUACAAGGGACACUGAACAAAUAUCAAUGCAAUCUCAACCACCCAACAAUAAUGCACAGCCUAUGAAUACACAAGUACAAUCAAGGAAUACACAAGUACAACAAAGGAAUACACAAGUGCAACCAAGGAAUACACAAGUGCAACCAGGGAAUACACAAGUUCAACAAAGGAAUACACAAGUACAACAAAGAAAUACAAAAGUACAACAAAGGAAUACACAAGUGCAACCAGGGAAUACACAAGUGCAACCAGGGAAUACACAAGUACAACAAAGAAAUACACAAGUACAACAAAGGAAUACACAAGUGCAACCAGGAAAUACACAAGUAGAACAAAGAAAUACACAAGUACAACAAAGGAAUACACAAGUGCAACAAAGAAAUACACAAGUACAACCAGGGAAUAAACAAGUACAACAAAGAAAUACACAAAUACAACAAAGGAAUACACAAGUACAGCCAGGGAAUAUACAAAAACAAAUAAGAAACAGUGUUAAUACCAGAGACAUUGAUGAAAUGGAGAUUCCGGAUGAUGAGUUCUUGGACAAUCUAGAUGCUGAUCAGUUCAUGGAUGAUCAGUGGGAUGAUGACAUUGAUGAUGAGCUGCUUUUACAACAACCUGACACCCUCCCUGUUAACAACACUGCUAAUCACAGUCUCGCGAAAGCUCAACCUGCGGUUACUAAAUCAUCUGUCCAACAAUCUAGUCGGAAACCAACUAAUCAGAUCACAUCCAAUCCACUUGUAGUGAAUAUAAAUGUUUAUCAAAACCAGGAAAGUGUUAAGAUGAAAUCAAAUAUCAAAAAUGACUCCAUGAUACCUAAACAGGAAGUUAAAGAGCUGCCAUCUUUAUUGGACCGUGUAAAAUCAAAUGUGACUGGAAGUGCUGCUUUAAAACAAACUCUCCCUUCGAAAAUGAAAACUAGUCAUUCGUCAACUUUACAGAGGCGUGAAAUAUUUCAAGCUCCUCAGAUUAAAUCAAGAGAUACAUUUAAUAUUGGAAGUGGUGCUCAUUCUCACAGUGCCCUUGGAAUCAAAACUGAAGCCUCGGAGCAUGAUAAGAUAACUGCCCCUAAUAUCAAAAUAGAAAACCCUGUAAGAAUAAAAUCUGAAUUGGAGACAGCCACAACUCUUCAGACUUCUAAUAAACAAUAUAUUAAUUAUUCUACAAUUAUGGAAAGAGGACUGAUCAGUAAUUUGAGAGACAAGUAUUUGGACAUAGGUGGCGCUACUUCACAACCAAGAGAACCAGCUGCUAAAAAAGCAAGAAAAUUACAAGAUUUGGAUGCAGCACCUUAUGUAUAUCUGUCCUAUAUUCACCAGACUCUCAGUCACCAAGCACAGACCCUGAACACAACAGUCAGAGUCAAGGCCUAUAUUGGAACUUUACUAGGGAAACUAGAGAGCAAUGGAGGUAGCCAUUGGUCUCUGGAAGCAAAACUGAAUGAUGGUUCACAAACUAUGGAUGUGGUACUUGGAAACGAUGUACUUGAAGGAAUGAUUGGUUUCCCAGCCUCGGAGAGUGAGCCCCUGAAACUCCAAGCCAAGACAGACCCAGCUAGUAAAACCAGGAUGUUGAAGGGUCUAAAAGGAUGUCAACAGAAACUGGUAGAUUUGUGUUGUAUUAUGGACUUACGCUUGAGUCCUGGACAGAAACCCUGUGUGGAGAGGUGCUAUGAACUAAACGAGAAACACAUUGAAGAACUGUUCAAUAGAAACCCUGCAUGGAGAGGGGCUUUGAACUGAAUGAUAGGAACAUCAAAUUACUGUUCAAU